ACUAUCCCUUUGGGCCUCGGCUCCAUUGGGCAGCGGCUUCGGCCAAUCCACCAGACGAUUGACCGAACCGGAAAGUCACAGCCACAAUGUGACGGACACGAUACCGGGUGCUGCCGCCGGGGGCGGCACUGGCCUCGGGUGGACCCUCGACGAGGACCGCUACAACCUGGCCAAGUUUGACCAAACCAAUGGAGCGUGGCCGAUCGAUUCGCCGUUACCGCUUCCGAAGUGGUCGACCAAACCGGCCGAACCGUACAUUGUCGAGAAGGUGUGGCAGUAUGAAGAUUUGAUAGGUCUGAUUGAAACGAAACUACAGCGGAUGUUGGAGGAAACUCAUUACAAUACAGCGAACAACUUUGUGGAUUUUCACAAGGCAUACCGCGGCACUCACAGUGCCAGCCAGGAUCUUAGAACACAUUUCCAAAACUAUAAGAUACCGAUCAACCGUCGGCAUCACAUGUGCGUCAGCUUGGGGAUGGAAAUUGUGUCCAGAUUAGCCGAACACCAUCCGGAGAUAGCCAAACAUUGUUAUCUGGUCUCGUGCGAGGAAGCAGUCGAGGAAUCCGAAUCCUACGUCGCUCACUGCGAAGAGAAGAACAUCGAGUAUGCCGGACCAAAUUUGGAGAAGGAGCACGCCCUGGUGGCCAUGCGCGUCGUGGUCGGAGGGCGUGAAGGUGUGCUAAUUCUCGAUCCUGGCUAUCAUGUGGCACGCGCUGUAACUGUAAUGAAAGAUCAAUGUUAUCCGCAUACCGGCUGGUUUACGCAAUCAGAUGAACCACACAGCAAACGGGAGUACUGCUACGUAUUCAGUAACCACUGCUCUAAUUACAUCACCUGGACGGAACGCAUGACACGCGCAGGCAAGCAGCAGUACGAGAUGUCAGUAAUUUACAUGGAAAGACCCUACCGGACAGCUAUCGAUGUGACAGUUCGUAGAAAUUUAGUUUACAACUUCCGCUCGCUGUUGUCCCGCGAUGCUAAAGGCCGUGUCUGUGCUGGAGUAUAUUUUCCGAUCGUUCCAAAUCCAAGUGAAGCCCAGUUUACGCUGUUCUACGACAGUGCCAACGACACACAAGUGAAGCAGAAAUUCAAGUUCUCCUCAUUUAAAGAUUCCAAAAAGAUCCCUGAGAACGUAAUGACUCAUCUGGAACAUCUGGCACCCCAACUGCGUAUGGAGCUGGCCGAGCUUACUGCAUUAAUGACGGAUCUGGCAAGUGCCGUACAGGAUGUGGAAUUUGUGAAGCAAGUGCUCGAGAUUAACAACAGCAUCAACGAAAUGUCAGCCGAUAAUUGAAAAAUCUAAAUCUAUUUGCUUUGUCGCUUCACAUCAAUUUACUAUAGUACAUAUUGGAGUAUUACCAUGCAUACGAAAAUUAGUGUUUAACAACAGAACUAAGUUUUCGCUACAAAUUCAUUCAUUUACGUUCACCUCAGCACAUAGAUAUGAUUGAACUGAUGAAUCAAUCAUUAUUCACGGAAAACAAAACGUAUCUAAUCGUACCAUAUAAAUACAAAUUACUACAAUUUAUUGAUAUACCUAUUAAACACUAGACAACGCAGACAGUUUUAACUAUUAGAUUUUUCAACAACAGCACUUGACUUUAAUCAAACUUUGACAUAGCAAGAAAACAAACCCGUCAUCAUUUAUCGGGACGAAUCGGGCGCUUAAAUGUCGUAAUAUGAAAAUCAAAUCACAAUUCACUACUGGUAGAUCUUGUGUAGGCCGCUGGAAAACGGGCAGCCACGACCGUCGUGUGCCGUGUGGACAGUUUCUUCUUUCCUUAAAAUACAACAAACAUUACAUACCGUUAUAAAAUAGCUAAGUUAAACCUUUUCGUGGAUUGGAUAAGUAGAGGGAAAAACCAUGUAAUCUGUAUACUUUUCAUAUAAACGUAUCUAUUUGGAA